CUAUAUGAUAGAAACAGCACAGCAGUCCACCUAAGUUCCUGGCUCCAGGAUCAUGAAACUCUCUUAAAGUUAAGUCAAAAUUUUGACUUUAAAUUAAGAUUUGAACUUAGCUAAGAUUGCUGACUUAAAUGGAUCACAAAACGAACUUCAGCAAAUCUUAACUAAGAUUGUCUUAACUCAAGUCUAAGUCUAGAAUCUUGAAUUGCUAUGCCAACAAGGAACUCUUUUGUGUAGAGGUAACAAUAGGAUAUAAAAAAAAAAAAAAUGACUUAAACAACAUAGUCAGUGUCUAAAACGUCUAGUUUAUGAUCACUAUUGCUGACGCAGGCACAUACACGUAGCAAAACUUUUUUCGUUAUUACAUACAAAGUUUGAUGUAUUGACCCCGUCGCCUCCCUCUUUUUAAAAGUACAUGUAAUAAUGAAUGAAAGUGGAAAUGUAAGAGUGAUUGAAGCGAUAAUUUUAUUAAAUUCAAUGUCUGUAUUUAUUUUGUCGACUGCUUGCGUAGCAAAGAAGGAUAACUCUAAUUUAUUUCAAAUUCGGGCUCGGACUGCACAUUAUUGCUGUGCAAAUGCAGACUGCAAGUAAUGAUUGUUUUCUUCUUCCACAUUGUCAACAAACUCAGUCAGGUAAAUACAUGUACUUUUGUAGUUGUAACUUUUUAGUAAAACAACCGUGCAUGUACGUGCUACUUUCACGUUUACAUCUACUUUACGAACUACGAUCAGGUAGUGAAACGGACAAUCAAUCCUGCGAUAUUUUGAUCACAUAAGAAGUCAUAUUUAUAAAUUGCUAUAUGUUUGAAUACACCCGCUCCCAAUUUUUCCGGGCUAGCGGUGUUACAAUUUAUUUCAUUAUAUGAUUUUAACUUCAAGAUUCUGUGUUUACGAUCUACCGACGGUCUAUUUUUUUUUUUUAAAGAAAUGAUUUGUCCUCUUCUUGGUCGGGGCAGACGUCUUCAUCGACGGACAUCACGCUCAUUUUCUCUUACUCGCCUCAAAAAUGCAACCAGCGCAGCCAUUUUGAAUUAACUUAGCGACAGUCUUAGAAAGUUAAGACAGCUCUAAGGCAGUCUUAAAAUUUAAGACAAAAUACCAAUCUUAAGUCUAAGUGAUCUUUUUGUGAUCCACUUUAAGACCAGUCUUAAGAUUUAAGUGCAACUUUAUUGAUUUAAAACAGUCUUAAAGUUUAAGACAGUUUCAUGAUCCCGGAGCCUGGUCCAAUAAAGACCUACAUGUAAUUGUUCUUAAUUGGUCGAAAGAAUACACUGAGAUUGUCUCAUUGUCUCAUAAGAAAAAUUUAUCUAAGAUUUAACAUUUUCCAUGCAUUUAUUUCAAUUUGCCUCUCACAUGUCAGUUAUUUAUCUGUCUUUUGGGUAAUCUACUGAAAGUUUUGGAAAUCUGUCCAUUACAAUAUAUUAUAGUCUCUAAAUAUAUAUGUACAGGAUUGAAAAUUACAGCCUGCCCGACUACCUGCCCAACCACCUGAAAUAGUCCAUUUCUCGGGCAGGCAGGGAUAAAAUUUUAUAUGAUAGCCUGAUGGUCAACAACCAGUGUACAAUAACCAAAGAUGCAGGGAUCGAGCUUGUGAAACUGGAUAUUGACAAGAGCUUGGAGCCCCAGGGACCGUUUAAUCUUAUUCUCCACAAGUGUACCCUCCUUAUGGUGGAUGCUGAAGACGGUGAUGAGCAGUCACUAAAAGCCAUCAAUAAUAUCAAGGAGUACAUAUGUAAUCACCCAGAAUGUGUACUGGUGGAUUCUUUUGAAUCGAUUGAGAAGCUGAUUGACAGACAUGAGCAAUACAAACUUCUGCUACGAUGCAAUCUUCUCAAGUCAGAAUCUGAUGUUUGUACCCCUACUUUCGUUGAAUUGUCCACUAAAGAAAUAGAAAUCAAUAAAAAGAAACUGAAAGAGGCUAAUGUCAGAUACCCAUUUGUGUGCAAGCCUGUAGUCGCACAUGGCUCCUCUGCGUCACAUAAGAUGGCAAUAAUUUUCAAUGACAAGGGUCUCGAUGAUGUACAGCCCCCGUGUGUGGCCCAGACGUUUCAUAAUCACAAUGCAGUUUUAUACAAAGUAUUUGUCAUUGGAGAGAAACAUCACAUCGUGGAAAGACCCUCCAUUAAAAACUUCUCAUCGCGGGACCAGUCAACUAUUUACUUCGACUCAAAUGAUGUUUCAAAGCCAAACUGUGCAAAUUUCCUGACUGAGCUUGAUGAAGUGGACCUGCCACGCACUCCUAUCACUCCCAACAACCAGAUUCUAAGUGAUCUGGCGAGGGCUGUUAGAAGAGAAUUGAAGAUGGAGUUGUUUGGCAUCGACGUCAUCAUUGAUUGUGAUACUAAGAAAUACGCUGUGAUAGACAUCAACGCCUUCCCAGGUUAUGAAGGUGUUAACAACUUUAUGGAGAUUUUAUGUGACUUACUUAAUUCUCUGAUGGACAAGCAAGAUAAAGUGAGAACUGAAAAUGAAAGGAUGGGUCGAAAAAGAUCUGAGAUCACAGACAAAGGUGACCCAAAGAAACCCAAGUUACAUAAUGGUGACAAAAAUGGCAACUCUGAGUUGGAGUCAGCAAUGUGUUUUGAAACAAACCCUGAUGCCCAUGAAGGCGAUAUGUUGCUUCCAUGGAAACAGCCAAUCAAUGGGCUUUUAAAACACUGAGUAAUUCAUAAGAUGAGUCGAGUAAAACACCUUCGUACAAUAAGACUUGAGCAAGGGGAACAUACGAGAGUAGUUUGAUAACUGUUGGGGUUGGUAUGUUGCUUCCAUGGAAACAGCCAAUCAAUGAGUAGUUUGAUAACUGUUGGGAUUGAGCCAUCCAAGCAUUUUGUUUUAUACAGUGUGUGCACGCUUGUAAUGCAUCAAUGGGUUAUUAUGUAGAUUCUGUAGCAAUAAGCAAUAUCAAAGUAAUAAAACUUCUUAGUGACUUCCAGCAAGGCAACUAUAGGACAAAUAUCAAACUUAAUUCAGAGAAAAGGUGACUAUUAAAUGCAAACGUAACUUGAUUAAAUUUGUAUUAGUGUAAUCGGGUCUUGCAAAAGAAAUGAUAUUAUGAAAGAAGAAGAGAGUCCAGGAACAGGAUUUUUCAAGAAUGAGAGAUUUAACAUUGUGUUAAUGUGGAUAAUGUUUGUUGAUUAUUGAAAGUACUAUGUCAGCAUGGUUGGGAAAGUUGUUAGAAUAUCCUGUGUUUUUAAGAAUAGGAAUAAUAAUGUUAAUUUGAAUUUUAUGCUAAGGUAUACAAGGAUGGAGUCAAUAAAGUUGUAAACAAAGACCACCAGUUAAAACAAAGAAAGACCACCAGUUAAAAAUUACCCGCAGUUUGUCACAUGUAAUUUAUACAAAGAUGUGUAUAAGGUCUCAAACAAUAAGAAACUUAUGUAUACAGAAUUGUGAUGGUCAUGGAUAAGGGGCAUUGUUUUGUGUAUAUUAUAUAUUAGCCCACAUGUUUUCAGGUAUUGUUGUUUUGUGUAUUAGGUGAAUUGGAAUAUGCCUUAUUUUCCUGUGCUGUCAUUAAUAUAUACAAUUAGCAAUAAGUAAACAACCCCCCUCAACAUAGUGCAUUGUUUGCUUUGUUGUGUCAUGUACCUUGGUAGAUAGAUACAUUAUAUGUACUCCAAACUACAGUAAAACAUGGUUACAGCAAACAUGCUUAUAGUGAAGUCACACUUACAGCGAACAUGUUUAGACUGAGUUCACACUUUCAACAAAGUGAUUUUCAUUCCCUGUAGUUUUAAAACAUAUUAAUAUGAACUUAUUGGAUAUAAUUAUGUUUAUGUUAAAUCUAAAUUAUUCAUCCCUAGCAUUUCACUAUAAGCAUGUUUUACUGUAAAUCUGUUUUUAAAAAAAAGAAAGUAAAGAGAAUAGUAUUAUAUGAUUAUGUACCGGCAUACUAUUGAAAUCAAAAUAUCUGCUUGGUAAAGAAAAUUAAAAAACACAGUAAAUGCGUUGGCGUUUAAUACUGGGUAACAUAUACUGUCAAGUAUAACAAGAUAAUGUGACAAAGUUAGAUUCUGAUAUCCAUUGUAAACUUUGUUUAUAUUAAUACACUGCAUGUAAACGAGAAACCCUGUGUUGCUAGAUGACUGAGUAGAAUUAUUACUGAAGUUAAACAGAAACCAACACCUGUUCCAGUUUGUGGAUUGUGAUCCUCAAUUUUUAAAAAAAUUAAUUUUUUGAUAGAUAAAAAUGGAGGUGGAUCUUCAUAUAAAUUGAAAAGGAACUCAGAAACACAUACAUGUAAUGACUGAUGUUAUGUAUUCCAAAUAUUUGAAGGAUAUUUAGGAAAUAAUUUUGAGGAAGUCCCCUGCUGAUGAUAUAUUUUAUUUUAUAAAGUAUGGUCAAUUUGUAUUUGUUUUGUUCCUCGAUAUAAAAUAAAAGCAUACAUAGAAUAUACAUGAUAAUUCUUUACAAACGUGUUUGUCUUCAGAAAUAUUUGCAUUUGAUAAGUACUGGAUUUUAGAAGUGAUUAAGGUUAGGGGACGUACAAUUCACUGACCAUUAAGACUAAACAAAGUUUUUAUAGUUUUGUUUUUUCAUGUUUUCACUAAAUUGUUUGACCUGAAGGAAACCUUAGAUGUUAGUAUAUUGAUUGUACAGGGAAAUUAUAAGCAAAAUCAAUUGUUUCAAAAUGAUUACCUGUAUUACGGUAGCUCCACCCUCGUGUGACAUCAUAGGCUUUUGCAAAAUCUUUGAUUAAUCAAACUUUGUGCAUGAUAGAAAUACAUCCUUUGUAGGAUUUUUAUUCACUGGGUAUAAUAAAAAUUUGGGUGAAACUUUUAAUUCUGAAAAAAAAGAAGAUAUUUUCCAUCAAUUUGAUAUUAUGAAUAUAAGAAAUAAUGUAUAAUUAUAAUCACUUAUCUAUGUCCUGCGUUGAUAUUUUUUUUAUUACAUGUCUACCAGACAAUGAUUUUCCCUCUAUCCACAAUCUAUAUAUGUUAUAAAGGAGCAGCUUUUUGUAACUUUUAGAAUAAAAUUGUUGUCAUUUUAACAAGUUUUUAGGUAUACUUUAAUUAUGCUAUUUAAAAAAAAAAUGUGCAAAUUUUGGAUAUUGAUAUUCAUGCAUGCAUAUGUCUGUCUUUGAAAAAGUGGCAGCAUAUACAUUUUCUUUGGUUAUUAAUUAAAUUAAACUAUAUCAAGUGGUAAUUAGUACAGUUUUUCUACUUUGAACCCAUAAUAAUUCGAAGUCACUUGAGGGUAGAGAAGCCUUGGGUAGAAUUUGAAUUAAAUGACUGAUUAUUCAAAGCAAUUACAAAGAUCUCGCCUAUUGAGAAGAUCUGUGCUUUUAAAUGUAUUGAACACUACAAAGAUUUUUGAACUGAAUUUAUCUUAUUAAUGAUUUUAUAUUAGGAUAUUUUUAUUUUAGCCUUUAGAAGUUUUACUUACAAACCACUGUGACGUACAGUUAACCAUUGUUGAAAUAUUUAUUGUGUGUACUGAACUUUUGAAGUACAUGAUAGGUUCUUACUGCUCUCAACAUAAAAUAAUUGUUUCCUUUUAUGCUUUGCUCAAAUUCCUACACAACACUGCUUGGUUAAAUUUGAAUUCAAAUGUUCGUGCAAAAUAACAGCAUUUGCAACAUUUCUCUUCAAAAGUUGUACUGUAUUUGUUAUGAGUAUAUGAAAAUGAUAUUUUUAGACUUCAGAUUUAUAUUCUUUGAUAUUACAUUUAUUGCGAUGACUGGACAGUCAUGAUGUAUCUGGAGAUAACAUUAUUAAUAGCAGGCUUGUGGGUUUUGCUUUAAUGGACCAUAUUUUGUGUUUGACAUGUACAUGUAAAGUAAUUAUAAUUUUUGCUGAGUGACAAGUAUUAAUUAUGUAGUAUGUUUUUUACACCAAGUUUGUUGAUAUGCAGCUUAUUUGUACAUGUAAACAUAGCUGAUUUGUUAAUAAAUUUUAUAUAUAUUAGAGGAA